UCAGCAAGGAAAGUCUUAGGAACAGAUGAAGAUAAUAUGGGGGAUGGUUGCUCUCAGAAACUGGCUUCUGCCAAGUUCCUUCGACUUUUGCUCCUAAUACUGAUUCCAUGCAUCUGUGCCCUUAUCCUUUUGUUGGUGAUCCUGCUUACCUUUGUAGGGGUGUUAGAAAAAACAUGCUUUUAUUCAAAUGGAAGUGAGGGCCUCACAGUUAACGGUGGCAUUGAAACAUCUGAUGUUCUUUUGCCAAACAUGUUUGAAAACAGUUCCAAGACUGAUCCCACAAUGGAUCUCAGCACACAGCCCUCUUCCUGGACCACCACGCCUUUACCCCACAUUGACCAAAUGAACAAGAACUCAAAUAUAUUUAGAGACACUUUCCAGGAAAAUUCAUUUCCUCUUGCAACUCAAGCCACAGUGCUCAAUCCUCGCCCUACAUAUGAUGCUGCUUUGGCAGAGGGCUCUGAAGACAGCACCCAGCUGUUUGCCACUGCAGAGGAGGCGACUUUGUGGUCUACACAUGCAUCCUUUAACGACGCAGAGAGGAUGACCACUCUGCCAGUAUUAAGUCCUACCCGGCCAUCUGUGUCACAAAAAAUGGAUCAGAAAAAAAGUGCCUGCAUAAAUAUCACCAACAGCCAGUGCCAAAUGCUGCCAUAUAACUACACCACUAUAACUUCAGUUCUUUCCAUUGUCAAAAGUAUUGAAAUGGAAAAGUUCCUGAAGUUCUUCAGUUAUCUCAAUCGUCUCAGCUGCUAUCAACACAUCAUGCUGUUUGGCUGUAGUCUUGCUCUUCCUGAAUGCAUCAGUGACGGUGAUGACAGUCGAGGCCUCUUGCCCUGCAGGACAUUUUGUGAGGCAGCAAAAGAAGGCUGUGAACCAGUUCUGGGUAUGGUAAAUGCUUCUUGGCCAGAAUUCCUGAAGUGCUCUCAAUUCCAAAACAAAACUGAAAAUGACACCACUACAAGGGUAUGCUUCUCACCACACCAAGAAAAAGGAAAGCAGUCACUGUGUGGAGGAGAGGAGAGUUUCUUGUGUGCCAGUGGGAUCUGCAUCCCAGGGAGACUGCAGUGUAAUGGCUACAAUGACUGUGAUGAUUGGAGUGAUGAGGUCCAUUGCAACUGCAGUGAUGAUGUAUUUCGUUGCAACACGGGAAAAUGCUUAAAUUAUACCUUUGUUUGUGAUGGAUAUGAUGACUGUGGAGACCUUAGCGAUGAACAGAACUGUGAUUGUAAUCCAGUGACGCAUCAUCAGUGUGGAGAUGGGAGAUGUAUAACAGCUGAUUGGGUAUGUGAUGGUGACCAUGACUGUAUAGACAAAUCAGAUGAAAUCAAUUGCUCAUGUCAUAGUCAGGGUCUGGUGGAGUGCAGAAAUGGGCAGUGCAUUCCUAGCGCAUUCCAGUGUGAUGGAGAUAAUGACUGUAAAGAUGGAAGUGAUGAAGAAAACUGCAGUGAAAGUCAAACCCUCUGUCAGGAGGGAGACCAGAGAUGUACUUCCUGUCCUGAUCCCUGUGGAACUUCUCUCUGUGAGAUGAGAAACAGCCAGACAAACUGCAGUCAGUGUGAACCAAUUACUCUGGAACUCUGUAUGAACUUGCCUUACAACUAUACUUAUUACCCAAACUACCUGGGCCACAGGACGCAGAAGGAAGCCUCUAUCAGCUGGGAGUCUUCUCUUUUCCCAGCCUUGGUUCAGACCAACUGCUACAAAUACCUUAUGUUUUUUGCCUGUACAAUCUUAGUUCCAAAAUGUGACCCCCAUACAAAUCAGCGGAUCCCACCUUGCAGGACAUUAUGUGUACAGUCUAAGGAACGCUGUGAGUCUGUGCUUGGGAUUGUAGGUCUGCAGUGGCCAGAAGAUACUGACUGCACUCAGUUUCCAGAUGAGAACUCAGACAACCAAACUUGUCUCACACCAGAUGAAGGUGUAGAAGAAUGCUCACCCAGUCACUUCAAGUGCCAUUCUGGGAGGUGUGUCCUGGCAUCCAGAAGAUGUGAUGGUCAAGCUGACUGUGAGGAUGAUAGUGAUGAAGACAACUGUGGUUGUAGAGAAAGGGGUCUUUGGGAGUGUCCUUUGAAGAAGCUGUGCAUCAAACACACUAUGAUCUGUGAUGGUUUCCCAGACUGCCCUGACAUGAUGGAUGAAAAGAACUGCUCAUUUUGUGAAGAGGGUGAACUUGAAUGUGCCAACCAUGAAUGUGUGCCGCGUGAGCUCUGGUGUGACGGGCAAGUAGACUGCAGUGACAGCUCAGAUGAAUGGGACUGUGUUACCCUGUCUAAAAACAUGAAUUCCUUGAUGUUCCUGACCAUUCACAGGUCAGCUGCUGAUAACCAUGUUUGUGCUGAUGAGUGGCAAGAAAAUUUAAGCCAACUGGCCUGCAAUCAGAUGGGUUUAGGAGGACCAUCCAAAACAGAAAUUGUAAUAGUGAAUGAGGAAAUGCAGCAUCAAAAAUGGCUGAAUCUGCACUCAGACUGGAAGAAUAAAAAUGCAUCCACUUUACACGCACUUUUAGUGAAUGGACAGAUGUGUCGAAGCAGAAGCAAAGUGGCUCUCUUUUGCACUAAAGAAGACUGUGGCCGUCGCCCAGCUGCUCGCAUGAACAAGAGGAUCCUUGGUGGUAGGACCAGUCGCCCAGGCCGAUGGCCGUGGCAAUGCUCCCUGCAGAGUGAGCCAAGUGGACACAUAUGUGGCUGUGUUUUGAUUGCAAAGAGAUGGGUCUUGACAGUAGCACACUGCUUUGAAGGGAGAGAAAACGCAGCUGUUUGGAAAGUAGUGUUUGGGAUUAGCAAUCUUGAUCAUCCAUCAGGCUUCAUGCAGACCCGACUAGUGAAGACCAUUAUCCUCCAUCCACGCUACAACAGAGCAGUCGUAGACUAUGAUAUCAGCAUUGUGGAACUAGAUGAGGAUAUCAACAAGACAAGCUAUGUAAGACCUGUCUGUUUGCCCAGCAAGGACCAGUUGGUUCGGCCAGAUACCUACUGCUACAUCACAGGCUGGGGACACAUGGGCAACAAAAUGCCUUUCAAGCUUCAAGAAGGAGAGGUUCGCAUCAUUUCCUUAGAACAAUGCCAGUCAUACUUUGACAUGAAAACCAUCACCAGCAGGAUGCUGUGUGCUGGCUAUGAGUCUGGCACUGUGGACUCUUGCAUGGGUGACAGUGGAGGACCGCUUGUGUGCGAGCAACCUGCAGGGCGCUGGACUUUGUUUGGUUUAACAUCUUGGGGCUCUGUCUGCUUUUCCAAGGUUUUGGGACCUGGAGUUUACAGCAAUGUGUCACAUUUUAUUGAGUGGAUUGAAAGACAAAUAUACAUCCACACCUUUCUGCUAAACUAG